ACAACAAUGGGUAAUGGCAACCCUACCAAAACAACUCACAUCUAAGGAAACGUAUUUUGAUUUUUAGAUCCCUAGGCGUGCCUAGCCAACAUUUUUGCAAAAUCAACAAAAAUGGAUAAACGCUUGGAAAGACUUUCCUUAGCAUCUCAUGCCAAUGGUGCAAGUGAUGAAAACAGUGAAUUCAUCAGUGAAGAUUCUGAAAGGGAAGAUGUAGAAAACGGUGGCGUUGGAAAUGGCAUCCGAAACUCAGGAAACAGUAGUAGCAAUGGUCUAAUUAUCAAUGAGACCGGUUUGUGUGCAUUGUGUGGUAAAACGUCGAUAUGCAAAUGUGAACGUUGCGGUGAUUUCUAUUGCUCACCACAAUGCCAGCGGAAGGAUUGGCCAAAUCACCGGUUCAUAUGUUUUCCCAUGCCACGACUGAUCAAAUCCGGUCAACCAUGUGUGAUAAAAGAACCCAUACCCCUGCUUAAAGCCGAGACAAAAUCAGUUGAAAUGCACAAAGAAGAGAGUAGGCAAGCUUUUAAAGCAAGACAGCUGAGUUUUAUACCCUCGCCCACACAAUUGCCAGCAGAUGGUAGCAUUGUUAUACUGACUGGUUUCAAAUCGGCAAAUCGUUGCUAUAUACGUUCCGCUGAUCCAGCCAUUACAGAAGAAUAUCAAAAAAAUCUCAAAAAAAUUGAUAACUUUGGAAAAAAUUCGCACGAAGUUAACAGUGUACCGAAAGCCAACACCUUUGCGAUGGCCCAAAAAGAUGAACAAUGGUGUCGCGUACAAAUUCUUUCGGCACGUCCAGACAAUCGCAUACGCAUUCAUUUUAUUGAUUAUGGCACUAUUGGAAUACGUUAUCUACGAGAAUUACGUAGAAUAUCUAAUACAAUGUCCAGCUUGCCAUGUUUUGUUCACAUGGUGCAACUGCACAAUGUUACAGUGUACUCAAUGGAAACGAAAUUUCUGGAACAUAUAUCACAAAAUGUUGACAAAGAGUUUAGGAUGCGUCGGGUCGAAUCCGAUUCCAUGGGUGGCAAUAUCGAGCUGUAUUAUGCGGACACAGAAAAGCUACUUAAUACCGAAAUCUUGACAGCAUGUCAAGAGUUCAGUGGAAAGGAAUCAGAGAAUGUUUCUUCAAAUAACAAUGACAAGGAAAGCUCACCAGAUAAGGGCGCGGAAAGCUCAUCGGUUGUAAGCAAUAAUAAUGUUGCGUCUGGAAGUGCAAAGGAAACUAAUUCCUCAAUAGAAGCAACUCCUCCCAAAAAAUCACAAAUUGUGUGUAAUACACCGGUUAAGAAUGAUGUUGAUAAUAAAUCUCCCGGCAGCAGUGGUAAAAAGAAGAAUCUUCCACCUCCACCAAGACAAUUACCUAAACCCUGCAUGAUACCGCCAUUCGAAACUAUACCAUUUGAUGCAAAUGCCAAAAAUGUUAAAAUUGUUGUUGUUGACAACUCCUACGUUAGUCGUGGAUAUGUGGGUUGCAUUUUAGAAAAGGACUGUGACAAACUGCAGUCUAUCCAAAAGUUUCUACAAAAUUAUGAUGGAUCCGGGCAGGCCUACAAACCAAAACUUGAAGAAUAUUGCAUCGCUGAAUUUGAAUCCGAAUGGUAUCGAGGUAAAGUGGUUGAAGUUUUGGAUGAAGAUAAAUUUCUCAUAGCCUAUAUAGAUUUCACCAAUGAAUGUGAGCUAACAAGUGCAUCGAUACGUCGGUAUCCCAUGUCUUUGACAAUACCUUGUUGCACAAAUCUGUGUGCAAUAGAUGGUCUUCCCCAAGAGUUAAGUGACGAUCUAAUAGAAUUCCUGGAGAAAGAAUUGUGCGAUUUUAAGAAAAUACAUGUUGACAAUAUAAAAAUAUUUGAUGACAUAACAUUUAUUGAAAGCAAGGAACUGCUAAAAAAAUUACACAAUGCAAAACUAAUCUAAGAUGACUCACCGGGGCAGCCAAUUACUCGCCAAAUCCUAUUAUUUUUAAUUUUACUCAUAAUUAUUGAUUUUUUUGGUAUCGUAUUUCAAUUUGUAUUUGAAAAUAAUCUCAUUAAGUAACAAAACAUUUCUUUUUAUAGCAUGCCAUUUAAAUGCUCGGAAUUUUUCCAAGUGUGUUCUUUUAUGAUUGUUUAUACAUUGCCAAAGUUUUGAUUUUAAAUUUACCUUCAAUAAAAUUGCGAAGACGAAUGAUAUACUCAAAUAUUUAAAGAUGAGCGAAAA